AAAAUAAAUUGUCAAACGUGUCAGAAUCACUUUUGCUCCUAUGUUUUUGUUAUUUUUGCCGCUGACGUGUUAGUUAGAAAAGUUUCCACAUUUAAAAGAAUUCCAGAAAAAUAUUUACAAAAAAAUUCCAUUCACCAUGUUAAACAUCCAGACUCAUAUGGACUUCGAAGGCCAGGCCAAAGCAGAGAAGUUGUCGCGAUUCAUAAUAACGCUUUUCGGGAUAGUCGGCUUUGUUUGGGGCGGUGUUAUACAACAAUUUUCACAAACGUUCCUCAUACUUUGUGCUGGAUUCGCACUAGCGACUUUGAUUACCGUACCACCAUGGCCAAUAUAUCGACGAAAACCAUUAAACUGGCAGAAACCGAAGCCAGAAGAUUCCGGUGAUGAGAAGAAGAAAAAGAAAUGAAACUUCUUGUAUUGCUAAAAUGAAUUUACUUUUAAUUUUAAACAAUUACAAGGAGUCCUAAUUAUAACACA